AUAUUAGGUCUAUGAUUGAUGGUAAUGUCAUUUGAAUUUUUGUCAAGAUUCCAGCAAAAACAAAACAUUGAGAAAAAUGUUAAUGCGAUGGUGUUCUUCGAAAAGCAACAAGAGAUGAGAAAACCAAAUCUCUUUUUUCUACUCUUAUCCAUUUUUUCCUGAGAAAAAUCUAUAAAUUUGAUCUUAGAAAUGGCAGCAAGAUCUUUAACUGAUGUUUUCCUUUUGAUGAGGAGCAAUGCAAUCAGGAACAGAAAUAUUUUUCCUGAUAACGAAGAUUCUGAACAAAUGAGGCUAGUUAGUCUCAAUGAAGAUGAUGAAACGCUAUAUACUAAUUCUGAUAAUUAUAUGCCCCCCCAAUGGAUAAAUGAUUUGGAAAAAACUCAAAAUAUUUUACAGCAGAUCAAAAUAAAAAUUGAAGAAUUGAAGAAUUUUCACUCUAGACAUCUACAUAAAUCUACUUUUGAUGAUAGUUCAGCUGAUGAAGAGGCUAUUGAAUAUUGCACUCAAGGAAUUUCCAGGUUGUUCAAUGAAGGUUAUAAACUAGUCCAAACUAUAAAACACAACUCUCAUGAAGGCUCUACCAAAGAACAUAAAUUGACCGUAAAUGUUUAUUGUACUUUAGCAGCAUCCCUCCAAGACUUAUCUCAGUCGUUUAAAUCAACACAAAAUAGUUAUUUGAGAGAAUUACAAUCUCGUGAAGACAGAUCAAAAAUUUACUUUGAAAAUCAGAUAGUUAACAUUGAUAUAUAUGAUGAUAGUGGAACUGAAGACAUCGACAGUUAUUUUAUUGGUUCAAGUCCUCCUACUCAAGAACAAAUGCUAUAUUUGGAGGAAGAAAACACAAGAUUUGCUUUGGAAAGAGAACAAGAAGUUAACUCAAUUGUUAAGAGCAUACUAGAAGUGAAUAAAAUUUUUAAAGAUUUAAGCAUAAUGGUUGCUGAUCAAGGAACAGUACUUGAUAGGAUAGACUAUAAUAUUGAAAGAACUCAAAUUGAUGUUUUUGAAGGUUUUAAGCAGUUGAAGAGUGCAGAUGCAUAUCAACGUAAGAAUCGUAAAAUGUGUACUAUUGUUGUAUUGGCUAUUGUUACUAUAUUGGUAUUCUUUUUAUUAGUUUUGAUUAAAUUUUAAGUUAUUCUCUAA